AUGUCUCACUCUUCCAAGCCUCGAUCCCAUCCUUGUGGCCUUUGCGACAAAUCUUUUGCCCAGAUAUCCAUGCUCACCAGACACCAGCAGCUGCACACCUCUCGCCUGGUUCUACAUAAACGCUCCCAUGCUGCGGAGAAGCCUCAUACCUGCCGGCUUUGCUCCAAGACCUUCAUCUCGUUGGCUCACCUUGCCUUGCACCUGCGCUCUCACAGCGGAGAGAGGAAGUACAAAUGCAGUGCAUGUUCCAAAAUGUUCAUGCAAUCGUCCCAGCUUAUGCGCCACAAGACCAUCCACACUGGUGAGAAACCCUUCAAAUGCCCAGAUUGCAAUAAGUGCUUCGGCUGUGCCUCACACCUGAAAACCCACCGUAGGCUCCACACUGGUGAAAAACCCUUCAAAUGCACACAGUAUGAAAGGGCUUUUACGCAAAAGGCCGGACUUAUUAUACACUUGCGCUUGCACACAGGUGAGCGCCCUUUUAAGUGUGAGAAAUGUGGCAAGGCCUUCCGCACGUCAGCCCACCUGCUUAACCAUCAGGCUCUGGAGCUGGGAGAGGGAAGAUACAACAGUGCCACGUGCAACAAGGGCUUCAGGUCAGUGUCCAUGCUAAAACAACACGAGAAAAGCCACCAGGGCAGCGGGAUGCUGUGUUGUAGCGUGUGCUCGGGGGCCUUCGCUCAUUCCUCCUAUCUGCAGCUCAAACUGCACUUGCAAAACGGAGAGCAGCUUUUCCAUUGCAAGGUGUGCAACACAAUCUUUGUGAAGAUGUCCACUUUUGAGAAACACUGCAGAAAACAUCAGACAGAGAUGGACGGAUGUGAGGACAGGGAAGUAAAAGAGGAAGACGAUCCCCCAUUUGAGCUGCAUACUGCUGUGUCCCCAACGCCUUCGACGUCAGAAGUCAACACACGCUCCAAAACAAGAGCCAAAAUUAAGAGUACAACCGAAAGCUCUUAA